AUGACGGUCCCGCAGGAUGCGAAGGAUGCGAAGGAUACGAAGGAUACGAAGGAUACGAAGGAUGCGAAGGAUGCGACCCGCAAGAGCACCGAGGCCAGGACGGACGAGGGCCACGUCGUGAAGAAGGAGAAUUUCAAGAUGCCAAGCUUCCAUGCGCUCUUCAAGGACAAGCUGCCGGGCCAUGAGAAGGCAAAGCUCAUGGACGAUGGGUCGACGAAGCUCUCGAAGCGGUCGUCGGAGCGCGCCAUCCGCGCGGAUGUCGUCGAAGGCUACAUGCGCGUGUACCUCAAGAAACAGGACAAGAACCUCUUCUUCCUUGGCAAGUCGCGCUACUACGUCGUCGUGAACGCAGAAAGCCCGGGAAUGGAGAUCUUCACGAACGACACCAAGACAACCUCCAUCUACAUCCUCUCGCUCUGCAAGGCAACGCUGAGCUACGACCCACGCGACGACAGUACCAUCACUGACAACAUGUUCACCAUGAACGUCCAAGCCUGGACGAAGCGCACGACGAUCCAUUAUCGGCCACAGACCCGCGCGAUCCUCCGAGCGGCCAAGCGAGGGGACGACGGCGUCGUCGGGGCCGACAUUGUCCGCCCUGGUAUCAGCCUCAGUUCAUACCAGAUCGCGGACGAUGGAUGCAUGAGUAACGAGUCCGACCUGGAAGAAGAGGAGGUGCCACGCUCGUCGCGCGCGUCGUCCGGCGACGAUGCAGCGAUACAUCCUACGGUUGAGACUUGCGCAGAAGAGCUUUGGGCCGGCUUCAACCUAAACAAGCUCAACCCGUUUUCGCCGUCGUCGAAAACGCCUCCGAGCGCAAGGGCCAGCGACGGCGCGCUCUCACCAACGGUCGUGUCGCCACCCAGCGAGUUGGCCAAGGCCAAGGUGAAGCUCCAGUUUCCGUCCAUUUUGGCCCCGAGCACGGGGGAGAAGACCAAGUUCUUAAUCUCCAAGAGCGGCAACAGCCCCAUGGCGCUCCUCAACCGGGCGAUCCAUCCGCGCAAGUCCAAGCUCUCGUCGGAAGCCACGUCCGACGCCCGACCAAGCAUGUCACCGACGCUCAUUCUGCUGGAAGAUCGCAACGAACUCAUGCGCCAGCGCAACUUUGACAAGGUGGUGCUCGACCAAAAGACCUCAGGGGUUGCGCCCAUCGUGCCGAUGCAAAGUUUCUGGGCCGCUUGUCGUCGUCGGGUGUGGAUGAUGGCCGCGUCCAUCUCGCACAAAGGCGGUGGCCUCGUUCUUAGCGUCCUCUCCGGCGUGCUGGGCUUCUCCAUCGUGUGCCCCAUCGCGCUGGCGGGCUUUUACGCUGCCAACGUUGUCUAUACCACGAGCUACUGGCAUCUUUUGGCCAUGUUUCUCGCGGUGCACACGAUGGCCCUCUGUGGACUCGCACCCGGGAUCGGCAUGCUGCUCGUUGUCUUGUUGGGGUGGAACUUUGCAGAAGAGAAGGACGUGCGACGCAAAUGUCUUCGCGCCGAGGCCCUCCACAUGGCUGCGGCUGAGAAAUCCAACUACCACAACUAUCCGUCGAUCGAGUUUCCGAGCUGGGUCAAGUUUUCCGAUGUCGAGCGCGCUGAGUGGCUCAAUAAAGCCAUCGAACGCGGCUGGCCGUACAUUAAAGUGGCCAUGCGGAACUCGAUGAUGAGCUCGCUGAACCCCGUCCUGGACUCGAACAAGCCCACGUUUAUCUCUGCCCUAUCGCUCAUCAAUGUCGACAUGGGCUCGUCACCGCCGUCCUUUGGUGGCAUCAAGUGCAUUCCCUUGGACGACGCACUCCCCGACGGCCCCGUCUCGGAGAUCUCGUGGGACGCUGAAGUACGCUUCGCAGCGGGUGACGACCAGCUCGCAGAGAUCAAAGUCGCCCACCAACUUGGCGCGGCGGCCCGCGUGCGCCUAAAGGACCUUGUUGUGAUGGGCACAAUGCGCAUCACGCUUCGGCCAAUGGCGACGGUCUGGCCUGGCUUUGGGGGUAUAUCCGUGUCCUUUAUCAGCCACCCGCGGAUGGAAUUUUCGCUCACGGCCGCCAAAAUCAACGUCACCAACGUCCCGUUCAUCUCCGACUUCUUACAAACCUUCCUUCGCGACCUCAUUGUCAACAACAUGGUGUGGCCAAAAGUGCUCGACAUGCCAUUUUGGGACCCCGAGCUGUACCCUAUCGACACGAGCGUCGCUCAAGCAUCGACAACCGCGGCGGACGUGCGCUCGCCGUCGUCGGCCACGUCAACGACCGACGACGAUCCAAAAGAGAAGGUGCCAGCCACAAGCGUCUUUGGACCUGGCGUCGUCUCGCUUCACGUGCGCAACUUGGUCGCGAUGUUUGACGACCCGGUGGAUCUCUACUGCAUCGUGUCGCUGGUCGAGGCCAACACCGAACCGACGAGCCCCAUCAAGCUCCAUACGAUGCUGCACGGAACAUCAGCGCCGCAAACGACGCACAAGACCGAGGUGCGUCCGUUGGAAGAGCCCACCCACACGUGCACGUUCGAUGAGAAAUACGAGUUUUACUGGGCCAAACCGACGCGACCCAACAUGUAUCUCGAAGUAUGGCGCCACCACAAGAGUCUCCCGGACGAGGUCGUGUGCACUUCGAUCAUCGACGUUGGCGCGCUGGCCGUGAAGCGGGACCACGAUCUCCGCAUCGACUUGAGCUGGCCGUCGGUGGCCAAACCCGGGCAGCUCUACCUACGCGUGUGUCGACGACUCUUUUACUGUACCAAGAAAGCGCCCACGUCGGCCCAAGGGCACCGCUCCACCAUCGAAGGUCUUGGCUCGGACGUGUGCGUCGGCAUGCUGCAAGUGACGCUCCACUACUCGGUCGAGCUCACCCAAGAGAAUGUGACGGCCGCCGCCGAAAUCGACCCACCAGCCAUGCAUGGCGUCUUGACGUGUGAGAACCAGAGCUACACGACAGCGCUCGUCAAGCAGCAAAAGUCGGUCGUCUGGAACGAGCAGUUUAGCUAUUUUGUCUACUCGGUGGACACGGCGAGUUUGCACGUCGAGCUCUUUGCGCAGCCGCGUGCCGGCACGGCGACCAGUCUCGGGAACUUUACGACGUCGGUCCUCGAACUCCGGAAGCGACUGCCGACGAGCGCAGACGUCGUCAAGGAGACGCUUCCGCUCCAAAACGGCAUCCAUCCCGAGUACUCGCACGCGGUCACCAUGAGCUUUCAAUGGCGCCACCUCAUGAGCUAAGACGAGGUGCACUCAGCAAUACUAUUGAGGACGGCUUAAUUCGAUU